UUUUCAGCAUCAUAGCAAUCUCACUUUUUUUAUUGCACAGAAGCUUCUCAUAUUCAAAACCAUCCCAGUCUCACUGUGCAAACUUUACACCAUCAAGUAGAAAAGAAGACACAGAGAAAGAUGACAAAUGAAUCUAUUCCUAGAUCUGCUCACUUGUCUUCCUGCUCUUCAUCCCACCCAUCAUAUUCUCCUUCUCUCUCCUUUCUUCCUCUGCAUUUUCCUCCAGAUUCAUUCACAGUAACAUACAGAGGAUGACAGAGAAGCCAUGACCGCGGUCUAUGCAGUGACCACCCCACAUUGUUCGCGAACACCAUGAAGAAUUGAAGGACAGAUCCAAGAUGUUCAAGGCAGCGCGAUGGAGGGCGACCGAGAAGAACAAGAACAAAGCCGUCUUCAAGCUGCAAUUCCAAGCGACUCAGGUUGGCUGGAUGAAGUACCGCAGUCAGGACCGGGAACGAUGAUGGUCAGCCUGGGUCCGGUGGACGCUGGCAGACCGACGGCGAGAUCGGAGAAGGUGGCGGUCGUCGGCGGCACCUGCAACUGGGUGAAUCCGGUUUACGAGACGGUGAAGCUUGUCCGAAAUCCAACCACUGGAAAGAUGGAUGACAAAGUCUACAGAUUUCUCCUUUCAGCUACCGGAUCAAGCAAAGCUGGGGUUUUGGGAGAUGUCACUGUUAACCUGGCAGACUAUGCUGCGGUGUUCAAUGCUGCCUCGGUUUCUCUCCCUCUCAAGGCAUCAAACACAGGAACAAUCUUGCAUAUUACCAUUCAGAGAAUCCAGGGUGAUGGUAAGGCAAGAGAAGGUGAUGAAGAUGGAGAAGCGAUGAUUAAGCGACAAACAAGAGCAUCACAGAGCGAGUUAAAACUGUGUGAUUUUAAGGAAGGUGUCAAAGCUCCCAAUGACAUGGACUGCUUCAGCUUUAUGAGUGAUGGUUCAUAUGUUAACACUCAGUCACAAGUCAAGUUCCCAUCAAGCAGAGACAUUCCUAUCCGUGUUGAUUCCCAUGGAAGCCUCCAAAAAUCUCACAGCUUUGAUACUAUAUCAGCAUCAGAUUCAGAUACCAGUUCAGGAAUAUAUGCAACAAGAGAUAAUUGGAUCAAGCAUAACAAUACUCAAAGGGAUCCUACUAGCUUCUUCUCACCUCUUAUCAGUAGUGACACUCCUAAAAGGCUGAUUACCAGUUCAGGUGACUGGUCUCGCACUUCAGCUCCUGAUGGAAAUGCAGAUGCAUCAACAAGAAGUUCAGGUGAUGUUGUAUUAAAUGAAACAUCAUGUGAUUCAGAGGACAGCCUUAAGAAAUUAAGAUAUGAUAUUGUUAUGUUGACAAGGAAGGUAGAACUGUCUGAUCUGGAACUGCAGAUUCUUCGAAAGCAAAUUAUUAAGGAGUGCAAGCGAGGAGAAGAUCUUUCAAGGGAAUUAAGUAGCCUAAAAGAGGAGAGAGACACACUUAAAAGAGAAUGUGAAUCACUGAAGCUCUCAGAAAAGCCAAUAAAAUUUGAGGGAAAUAUUCCUACUGGCUCACAGCAUGAUGGAGAUGAUCUUCAUUCAUUACUUGAGAAAACAAAACAAGAAUUAGAUCAUGAGAAAAAUCUGAAUGUACAUCUUCGUUUGCAACUAAAAAUGAUGCAAGGAUCUGAGUUGAUACUUGCUGUAAAAGAUCUUGAUACACUGUUGGAGCAGAGAAAUAGGGAGCCACUUUGUCUGAAAUGUAGCAAAAUGUAUCUCAAAACAGAAACCGGUGAUGAACUAGAGGCCAUGAAAUUGGAAAAUGGACUUCCACAACUAAAGAAAUAUGAAUGUGAGCAGAAGUUGCAUAAAAAAGUUGCCCAAAAUGACAAUGAAGAACAAUAUGCAUUGGAUGAACUAGUCAAUAUACAUGAUGAUAUGAAGGUUGCGUACUCACUCGAGAACAAAAUCGUUGAUCUUAAUAAUGAAGUAGAAUUUUACAUGAAGGACCAUGAAGAUCUAGAAAUGCAAAUGGAACAGCUUGCUUUGGACUAUGAAAUUUUGAAACAGGAAAACCAUGACAUCACGACAAAACUGGAGCAAAUUCAACUGCGAGAACAACUCAGGAUGCAAUAUGAGUGUUCAACACAUGUAGCCAUUAUCAGUGACCUUGAAUCUCAUGUUGAAUGCCUGGAGAAAGAACUUCACAAACAGGCUGAAUCAUUUGGAGCAGAUAUAGCAACCAUCACAGAUGCUAAGGUUGAGCAAGAGAAAAGGGCCAUACUGGCAGAAGAGGCAUUAAGAGAAGCAAAAUGGAGCAAUUCUAAAAUUGUUAAGCGGCUUCAGGAGGAAUUUAGAAGUCUUUCUGCACAUAUGUCAUCCACAUUUCAAGCAAAUGAGAAGAUAGUCAAGCAUGUACUAAAAGAAACUGCAGAGCUGCGAUCAGAAAAAAGCAGCCUGGAAGAUCUAUUGGAGAAAACUAAAAAGGAUUUGGUAUCAGUGCAAGAACAAUUCCGCAUGAAAUUCAAGCAAUUAGUAGACUUAUUAUAUUUCAAAUCAAAGGAGGCAGAUAGGCUACUUCUGGAACUCAAAGAUACUCAAAGGGAGUUUGAGAAUUAUAAGAUGUCUGGGGUAGCAAACCAAAAGAACUUCGUAGAAGAAAUGCAACUCAAAUCUGAGAUGGAAAAGGUCAUAUUGGAGAAAUCUCUUCUCUCUGAGCAGAACAAAGAGAAAGAAGAAUUGUUAGUUGAGAUGGACCUAUCAAGGACAGCAACUGAAGUCAGUGAGAUAUCACUGCAAGACAAAAACUUAGAAAUAGAUAUGCUUAAGAAAGAAAUAGCAGUAUUAAGGAAAGAAGGAAACAUAUCAUUGGAAGAGACGAAUGAGUUGAGAAAUAUAAAAGAUGAAAAAGAUACAACUAUUUCGGUGCUGAAAUCUGAGGUAGCAAACCCUGGAGUGCAGUACAGUAACUUGAAGCAUACCUUAAACAAAAACGAGUUAGAAAAAAAGGACCUGAGGAGAUCAUUUUCCAACUUGAAGGGUGGUCUUCUAGAGGAGCAACUGACUACCAGCUCAGACGAAAAAAAUGGUGACAACCACACAGCUUCAAUUUCAAAUGAUGAUGAGCACUUUCAUCAGAGUUUGAGAUAUGGCAGCAAAGAUGAUGUUAAAUGCAGUAGAGAUUACCUGCAACAGUCAGAAGACGAAACCCACACACAUGAUAUAGAUAGCAAGGAUAACAAAUUACGUGUGAGGUAUACAGGAAAUGAUUUGGAUGAAGUACAUCAGGUUUUCAUCUCCUAAACCUAUGGUGAAAAGAAGAUAGCAGAAUUAAGUGAAAUGACAGUACUGGAAAAAUAAAAUGAUCGGCGAAAUCAAAGUUGAAAGAAGUGCAAGAACGAUAUUCCGAGACAAGCCCAAAGUUCGGAGAAAGUUGAAGGUGAAAGACAACAACUCAAGGCCACAAUCUAGACUAUUAAAGAUGCUGUGAAGGAUUAGUUUCUUUUUUUUCUCUGUAUAAUUGAAACGAAUGCUCUGUACAGGCAAGUGCUUGGAUGCAAUACUUGGCAUAUCCAGGGCUCGUAAGGUAUGUAUAACUUCUAAGCAUACAGUGCACAUGGAUAGCAUAUAAUCUGUUAAUUGGGUGAAGUGUUUCUUUGUUGAAAUGUCAUGGUUCUAGUAAUUUGGCCUUUUAGUUGUACUCCUGAAAAACAUAGAGUAGUUUUCUCAUUUUUGUUUCAAACAUGCAUCAUCCUGUUGUUGUGUAAUACCGGUGAGGUAGAAGUUUAAUUGUCAUUUGGUGAUAUACAGAAUACAGC